GUUUAUUAAUAAAGAUAAUGAUAUUAUAAAGUUAUUAUUUGUUUAUCAACAUGUGUAUUUUGGCUGCUAUCCUACGAAACUACUACAGAAUGUAUUUCCCAGACAUGGCUGGUGGUUACCGAGGAGUUCGAAGGUACAAGGAGCCCUUACUUAGUUCUCUGGAAGAAGAUGAGGCAAGCGAUGACGUGGUUGAAGACGAGCCCAGCUUUGAACUAUAUGAUGACACGAAUAAUGCUUUGAGAAUGUAUCCAUGAACAUUUGUAUUAUGGACAAGGCUCAUAAUUUGCAAAAGCAAUGAAUGGGGUGCUGACUAGUAUGGAGAACAUUUUCAGAAGUUCCAAGCAAUGGAAGUAUGGAAGACUAUCUAGUCUUUGACUAGGACAUCACUGGGUCUGACUGAGUCAGUGAAAUAUACUCAGAAGCGACGUUCCAUGGAGAUCCAUGGAGAAAAACGAUGUGGAAUAUUAAAUAAUUAAUCUAUUGAAAGAUUAUCUAUAUCUACUGAGAACGAGUGGGGACAAUUUAACAAAAGAAAAAAUAUAGCUUUUCUUAUUUCUUCUUAUUUUUUACUGUAAAACCAGUAGCCGUUUAUCUCCGGAUUAUGCUAGAGUUAGUGUCAAAAUUACACAUAAAAACAUGUUAUUGAAGUUUUCUGACAUUCAAGAUCCAAAGAAUUAUAAGAAAAAAUGUUGUAAUGAAGUUGAAGUUUUCUGUAGCUUUCUCGACUUAACUUUUCUUUUGUCAGUCAUGUUUCUACAAAGUAACCUUUUCUUCAGUUGACUAUAUUUCUUCUUUCAUAUCAUAAAUAUCGAGCAAAAAGAUUCUAAAUAUUAUUUUUAUACCAAGCACUGUCCCCACAGAGCGCAAAUAAUAAAUAAAAAAAAUAUAAUUUAAUUAUUUAAACACCUAUAAAUGACUUACCUAUAUUUUACGUUAUUUACUCGACUAAUAUUAUUUUUAAUUAAAUGAAAUUGAUAUCAGAUACUAUAAUUUGUAUUGGAAAUAACAAAUACAC